UUUAUUUAAUUUUGUGUAGAGAUUAUACAUUCUUCUGAGAAAAAUAUGAAGAAUUCAUCGAUUUUCAUCUUUGCAGCCCUUUUGGGAUUUGUCUGUGCCUCCAUCGAUAGAAGACUUGAAGAAGACAAGAAAUUGAGAGAUAUAUUCUCCGAUUUGCUCAACAACACAUUUAACGGUAUCGUGCAAAGUAUGUCAGAUCCUCUGAAAAUUAAAGAUAUCAGCAUCGAGUUCAAAGACUCUGAACUUCUGAGUGGAGGAGCAAAUGUUACAAAAGUGUCACUAUUAGGAAUUUCAAGUUUAGUAGCACCUUUUAUAAAGGUUGACAUUUUGGGUUUGAAACUCAGUAUGGAGAUUUUGUUACCUGAUAUUCUUCUUGCUUUCGACUAUUGGCUGGAUAUUUUGAUAGCAGAUGUGCUUCCUUUUUACGGAUCAGGAACAAAUACCGUUUCCCUUGAUAACAUUUCCUUGAAUGUAACAGGACGUGUAAAUAUGACCGGCGGAAUGCAUGUCCAGAAUUUAACGGUCGUUCUACAAAUUGAAAAAGCGAACUUCAACUUGAAUGGAUUGAUCGACAAUCCCGAGUUCAACUCCCUUUUGAACACUAUUCUAAACGAUAAUUUCUGCGACUUCAUCAGGGAUAGUUCUGAAUUGAUCUCCAGCCUUCUUAGCUCCAUUGUUGAGAACGUUAUCAACAGUGCAUUGAAACCAAAGAAUGACCUUAUUGAAACAUCACUGAAAAAUAUUGCAUUGGCAGAUAGACGCCUUCGUUAGUGACGAAAUAAUAUGAACUGGAAUAAAAUCAUAUUUUCAUUUAUUUGUUUAGCAGAAUCAGAACAUUGUUCAAUGGCUUUGUAACACGUUUAUUAGAAAUAAAAAUGUGUGAUGUAUA